AAAAAAUCCUCAAAAGCCGAACCCUUGUUAUAAAAUUUCGAUUACCAAAUUAAAAUUAAAAAAAGUUAGGGUUUCCCCUUCUCACGAAGAUUUCUCUAAUCUCUUUUCUUUAUCUGCCAAAGAUGAUGCAACAACCACCAGCAGGAGCCGUAGCUCCGCCGCCGUCCAUGGCUGCAGAUCAGUCUCAAACCCUGCAGUACCAGCAACAACAGCAGUCGCAACCGUGGAUGAUGAUGUCUCAACAACAACAGCAGGCAGGUCAGCCGGUUCCUCCACCUUCCGCUUGGAAUCCACAACCCCUCCCUCCGCCUUCUCAGAUGCAGCACUACUCCGCUGGUUCCGCUGCCGCCGGCUCCGGCGAGAUUCGAUCUCUCUGGAUCGGUGAUCUUCAGCAGUGGAUGGAUGAGAAUUACCUUAUCAACAUCUUCGCUCACACAGGAGAGGUGGCUUCAGCUAAGGUGAUUAGGAAUAAGCAAACGGGGCUACCAGAGGGAUAUGGGUUUAUCGAGUUUGUUUCACGUGCUGGAGCUGAGAGGGUUUUGCAGUCGUAUAAUGGUGUACAGAUGCCCAAUUCUGAGCAGAAUUUUAGGUUGAAUUGGGCGGCGCUUGGAUACGGGGAAAAGAAGCAAGAGGAGGGUCCGGAUUAUACAAUCUUUGUUGGGGAUUUAGCUGCGGAUGUUUCGGAUUAUAUGUUACAAGAGACUUUUAAAGCUGUUUACCCAUCUGUUAAGGGUGCCAAAGUGGUUAGUGAUAGGACUACGGGACGGUCUAAAGGUUAUGGCUUUGUGAGGUUUGGUGAUGAAACUGAGCAGAUUCGGGCCAUGACCGAAAUGAAUGGGAUUUAUUGUUCAACAAGGGCAAUGCGGAUCGGGCCAGCUGCUAAUAAGAAGCCUGUCACUGGUCAACAGUAUCCAAAAGCCACUUACCAGAAUAUUCAAGGAAAUCCUGGCGAGAAUGAUCCAAAUAAUACUACAAUAUUUGUUGGUGGUUUAGAUCCCAGCGUUUCUGAAGACCAAUUAAAGCAAAUAUUUAGCCAGCUUGGUGAGGUAGUUCAUGUAAAAAUUCCUGCUAACAAGCAUUGUGGUUUUGUUCAAUAUGCUAACAGGACUAGUGCAGAGCAAGCGUUAUCAGUUUUGAAUGGUACCCUUUUAGGAGGAAGAAAUGUUCGACUUUCAUGGGGACGUAGUCCGUCAAGCAAACAGUCUCAACCAGAUCAGGCCCAGUGGAAUGGUGGAUACUAUGGAUAUGCUCAAGGAUAUGAAGCAUAUGGAUAUGCGCCUCCUCCCCAAGAUCCUAACAUGUAUUAUGGGGGCUAUCCUGGAUACGGUAAUUACCAGCAGCCAGGGGCUUACCAACAACCACAGCAGUAAGGUGCGGUUGUUGUACCGUGGCUCAAAACUCGUUCACUGUGAUCCAAGGCCACUUAAGGUGUUGGUUUGAUCCAGCGUGUUUGAAUGUUGUGGGUUUUCCUUGGUUGCUGUACAAUUUGUGGCUUUUCGUUUUUGGAGAGCGUCAUGUUUCUUCAUCCUCUUUUUAUUUGUUGCUUCCCUUUCUUGGCUUCUUUUCUUUCCCAUCACUUAACCUCUUUUCUUCUCUGUGAUGUUGAGUUCUUCUUCUAGGCUAUGGGCGAUUUAAUUGCAGGCUGAUACAAUUGCUAUUUACGGUCUUAAAUCCAUAGUAGUUGUUUGGACUUUGGACUGAUGCUUUUUAAAUGGUUAGCAACUCCCAAUGCUUUUUAUUUGUCAAUGUAGUUCACUCUUUUUAAUGGUUA